CAAACAAUCAUUUCGGUCCUCAUAUAAACAUUGUAAAAGUCGCCUUUUACAACUUUGUAAAAGAACAGAACUCUAUUUGUUCGUUAGACCAAAUCUCAAAUCACGGAGACACCUCUAUGGAUAAUUAUUACAAAGAAACGGAACCAUCAGCCGCAACCGCAGCCUCUGGAAACUACCCAGCUGCCGAUCAGACAAACGAAUACCAGAUGAAGGUAAAGAAAAGCAAAAGCGUUCCAAACGCUGAUCGUGGGGCGUCAAGAAGCUGGAGUUUCAGCGAUCCGGAAUCGAGGAGGAAGAGAAGAGUCGCUGGUUAUAAGGUUUACUCAGUUGAACAGAAGAUGAAAGGAUCCAUUAGAAAAAGCUUCAAAUGGUUCAAAGAUAUUAUCGGUAUUUCUUGA